AAGAACCACAGAAUUGUGUAAAAUAAAAUUUACACAAAUUCAUUCAAUAAAUAUUUAACACUUACGCGUUAUUACUUACAUACUAUAUUAUAAUUGUUUUAUAAUAUAUAUUAAAAAAGUUUAGCAGUAAUUAAUGCUGAAAAAAGUUUGCCACAACAUGUUUAAGCAGACAUCUACAAAUUUAUUAGAACAAAAAGCCGACAAGGUGACCCAAUGGUUGGAUUCCUUUGAUGCCGUUCUUACAGACUGUGAUGGCGUCCUUUGGGUAUAUGGCAGUGUCAUUGAUGGCUCCGUUGAGGUAAUGAAUCGCUUUAAAGAAAUGGGCAAGAAAAUAUUCUUUUGCACUAACAAUUCCACAAAGACACGCAAUGAACUGUUAGUGAAGGCCGUAGAUAUGGGUUUUAAUAUCACCGAAGAGGAAAUUAUCUCAACGGCACACUCUGGAGCAGCCUAUUUAAAAAGUUUAAAUUUCAAUAAAAAAGUAUAUGUCAUUGGUUCGGAGGGCAUAACCAAAGAGCUGGAUUCUGUGGGUAUAGAACACAAUACUGUGGGCGCAGAUCCAAUGAAAGGCACAUUGGCGGAUUAUAUUUCCAAGCACCUGAAGUUGGAUGAAAAUGUGGGCGCUGUAAUGGUGGGCUUUGAUGAGCAUUUCAGUUUUCCAAAAAUGACACAAGCCGCUUCUUAUCUAAGUAAUCCUGAGUGUAUGUUUAUAGCCACCAAUACAGAUGAACGUUUUCCCAUGCCUAAUAUGGUGAUACCAGGCACUGGUAGUUUUGUAAGGGCCAUAGAGACGUGUGCGGAGAGAAAGGCAUUGGUUAUAGGUAAACCCAAUAAAGAGAUAUGUGAACAUCUUAUCAAAGACGGCACCAUAAAUCCCGCAAGAACUCUAAUGAUAGGUGACAGAUGUAAUACUGAUAUCUUGUUGGGCUUUAAUUGUGGCUUCCAAACUUUAUUGGUGGGUACGGGCAUUCAUCAGUUGAAUGAUGUGGAUGCCUGGAAAAAAUCCAAUGAUCCGGAAUUGCUUAAACUUAUACCAGAUGUGUAUUUACCCAAACUUGGUGACUUACUGCCUCAUAUGUGAAUUUCUCUAUUAACUCAACUCUCUUAACUCUAAGACUUGUCAUUUUGACAUCUGUUUUUUUUUUAUUUUUAACAAGAAUUUCUAUUUCAUACAUACCCCCCUCUAUAUAAUCUAGCCAAUAAUGAUGCUUUUUGUUAAUGUACAAUUUGUGUUGUUAGAAUUACGAAAUUACAAGAAAACAAAAUAAAUCAUAGAAAUUGUAAAGAUUUUUACAUUAUAAUUACAAA